CGCGCGGUCCCCAGCGAACUACACUUCCCGGCAGGACGCGGCGCGCGCAAGCGCAAGGGGGCCUCCGCCAUGGCGACAGUGCUGUCCAGGGCUCUCAAGCUCCCCGGGAAGAAGAGCCCAGACCUCGGCGAGUACGACCCCCUCACCCAGGCCGACAGUGAUGAGAGCGAAGACGAUCUUGUGCUUAACUUGCAGCAGAAGAACGGAGGCGUCAAAAAUGGGAAGAGCGCCCUGGGGGACGCGCCGGAGCCCGACUCGGACGCGGAGGUGGCCGGGGCCGCAAAGCCACAUCUUUCCGAAGUCACCCCGGAAGGUUUCCCCUCGGAACCCCUCGGGGGUCUGGAGCAGAAGGCCACCUCUUCCCUGGUGUCCUAUGUGCGCACGUCUGUCUUUCUGCUCACACUGGUGAUCUCCAUGGUUCUGGUCCUCCUCUGCGCCUUCCUCAUCCCUUGCCCUCCCAGAGACCUGCACAGCACCUGGAGUCGGCGCCUGGGCUCCCAAGGAGGCCCUUUUUGUUUCAUUAUGUGUACGCCAGGCGGGGACCUGUCUCCCCUGGAGCUGGCUGAUGUGAAUAGAGAUGGCCUUCGGGACGUGCUGCUCACCUUUGUGACAACCAGGAAUGGGACCGAAGGAGGUGGUGGCUCACAGCCAACUGCAGAUCUUGUGUGCCUUUCGGGGAUGAACGGCAGCACGCUGUGGUCCUGUCCCCUCCCAGAGGAGGCUCAAGACGUCACAUGCCUAGAUCUGAUACCAGGAAGCGUGGCCAAAACCACCUGCCUUGUGACGGGGACUCGCAGGAUGCUCACUGCAUUCAAUGCCACAUCAGGGAAAGCCCUCUGGACUCUAAACCCAAACUAUCUGUCCAACGGUACCUUGGCUGCCCCGGUUGUGGUGCUGCCAGACCUGGAUGAAGAUGGUGUCAGAGAUCUGGUGGUGCUGGCCAUUGGAGAGCUGCAGCCAGAUCUGUGUUUUCUGCUGGUCUCUGGCCGGACAGGGAGUCCCAUGGGCCGACCUGUGAAGUAUAACAUCGUGGGAGUGGGGAAUCUGAUCGGUCCCCAGGUUUAUAUCACCGCCAGUGGAGCUGUCUACAUCCUGUUUGGCUUUGGAAAUAUACAAGCUGUCGCCCUGCGGGACAUUUUUGUUCAGGCCCAGAAUCGAGACAGCUCACCACCCUCUCUGCAGAUAGAAGAGCCAGAAUGGGAGAGGCACAGAUCUGUCAACCUCUCGGAGCUCAUCGAUGUUUAUAGCAGUGAUGGAGUGGAGCUUCUCCAGUUGGUGAAGGCUCCAGAUUCCAACAGCAGCAGCCUCCUGAUUACAACCAGACAAGGCCUGGUCCUGCUGAGGGGACAAGACCUUACGCCUCACUGGAAACUGAACCUUCAAGGCUUGCGCAGCCAGCCCACGCCUGGGUACUUCACCGAUGACCAGACCUUGGACUUCCUUCUACAGACCCAAGACGGACUUGGGAUGAUAAAGAUGAUGGUGGUAGACGGAGGUUCUGGCUCCAUCGUCUGGAGUCACAGCAUCCCAUGUCACAUGAAGGAAACGCCAACCACUUCUGCAAUUACUUCAGACCAGAAGUCUGUCUUCCUCUUCUGGGCAGAAGCGCUGACUGCUACAUCUCUCAGUUCUGAUGACAGCUCAGGAGCCGAGCCUCCCGGCCUUUACCACCUCUACCUCCUGCACCCAGCCUUCCCCUCUAUCCUCCUGGACCUGAGCAACACCACUGGCAUAGUGACAGCUUCGGAGGUUGGAAUCAACGACAUCUGGAAAGAUGCCUUUUAUGUCACCAGGACAACAGGGAUGAGCCCUGAAGGACACCCUACCUCUCUGGUGGUCAGCAAGCUGAGUCUGCGCUGGGCACUCAUGGAAGGCCAGAUGGUCCAACUGAAGGACACCACCCCGAAAAUUGGCCGUGGGGAGCUGCGAAGAUUCCUAUCUAGGAUAAAGUUUGUCGAUUCUCCCUACCAGAUCUAGCGCAAUGGGAUUCUUCGGAUUCAGAACUCCUCUACGGACUGGCUCCUGCCUCUCCUGUGUCAGUUCUCCUGAGAGGAUGACUUCGGGGCCACGCAGCAUGUGGGAUCACUGUACUGUGGCAGCCUGUUGGAGCUGAGAGAUGUGGCAUGAUCCACUUAGCUGGGAACUCUCAUGACCUCCCUGUCCCUGCACUAACCCCUCUCCUGAGAACUCUGUGUGGAUACUUUGGAAAUGUGAAUCUUAUAGCUGUUUUAUUUUUAAUUUUUUUUUUUUACCUUUAAUUUAUAAACCCUUGUGGGGAAAUCCAGUGGCCUACAAGCAGGAUAUAUGUUGUUUUGCAUUAGGCCCUCUGUGUGUGUGUGUGUGUCUGUGUGUCCAGUGUUGUAACAAUUAUUUUUGAGACAUUCCCCAAGCUUCAGGGAUUCCAUUUCUUGUCCUUGUGAAGUCCAUCUGGCUCAGCCAUCGUGAUGCAUCUGGAUGGCCUCUCUCUGGUCCUGAGGGUCAGGCACCACUGUUUGCCCUCCACCUGCCGUGGUUCCCUUUCACCUCUGGACAGCAGCGGAAGGCACUGGGUGUUACGAUGGGGCUAGUUAUCCAAUACGCUCAUCUGUCUGUCUCCUAGACUCUCCACCUGUUGAGUGGUCAUGAGAACAGACAGGCUUCUCUCACAGAGGGAGCAAGGGAAAGACUGCAAGACGCCCCUGACCAGGUCCCUGUCAAGCCCUUUGAUCUUUGAUGGCUCUGCGGCUGUGAUCUUGGAUUCUGCAGUGAUGACAGAGGGUUUGCAUGCACACAGUCCUCAGCCUAAAGGUCGGAGGUCCCAGGCCUUGUCCUGCCGCAGCUCUGCCCUCUUGCUCUGAGCCUUCUCUGGGGCGUCUCCAGCUCUUCCCACUUCCUCUCUUAUUCAGGGAUCUGUUUCUGGACUUCUGCUUCUCGGGUCCGGUAUGCGACCACUCUGGCCCCAUGUCCUCCCCUCCUUGUAGAGCUUCGAAGCAUAUUCCGAGAAAGUGCUCAUGUAAAUACUGUAACUUUUAUGACUACGUUCUUUAGGAUUACUGCGAUUCUUUUCUGCCCCCUUCUGUGUAGAUGUGUGACCGCUUUUAACUCUUUCAAUUGUCUGUCAUUAUCUGAUGUGCUGUCUGUUCUCAUGGUGGCCAAUGAAAACACACUGCUCUUGAGGGAAAAAACAGAUUCUCUCCUCACUUGGGUGUGUGUGUCUUUUUAGUUUGUGUUAAUAAAGAAAUCCCAGGAAACUAGGGUCUAGGUUUAAGGGGCUAUCGAUGAACUGCCCACAGUAAGUGUUAUGGGUAACAGAGGUUGGUCCUCGGUCCACCCAAUAGAUUGGCCUCACCAGACUUGUUGGUACAUCUGCUACAAAGAGCAGAGAAGCAUAUUUAGGUCAUAGGGGACCAGGUUGACUUUGGGUAGGGGAACAGUGAAUAGGAUCCUUUAGAGUCUGGGGAUGAUUCUAGGUCAUUUCUAGUAACUUGAAUUUCCGCCAGUAAAAGGGCUUAGAAUAUAGUUUGGAUUGUAGACUGCUUUUCAGGGGACCAGCAUGUGAAAUGGGUGGUCCUACAGCCUGGUUGAUCUCCUGUAGGCACAGUGUGUCCUCUGCAGUGUUGAUGGUCUCGGGGAAGCCAGCCCAUGCAGGACGGGGUAAGAUACAGAGAUGCCCAGUGGACACCUGGUGGUGUUGUUCGGGCUGGAGGCUGUUUAUGCUGGUGGAGUCUUAGACGAGAGGAGAGGAUGCUACACAGACAGCAUCACUGAAUUCUCGGCAUUUUCCUAACUUCCUAACUUCUCCUUACUGGAAGUGUGAAUCGCUUCCUUGCUGAAUGCAAUGGAAACUCUAGGCUUCCUUCCUGUUGCAGCUGGUACAGAAAGGUAGCUGAAGGUUGAGGUGGCUUCACCUGGCCUCCCAUCAAAUGCCUCCCCAAAUGUCCUCCUCCUUGUAGGCAACAGCUCACCCAGAUACUCAAGAAGUAUUCAAUGUGGACGGCCCACAGAAUCAACCCAAGCACUCCUCAGAAGUAGUGCCGUCUGCAGGGCAAGGGUCUCCCUUCCCCUCCUCCCAGCCUCUCCUUUCCUUCCUUUGUAAGCCCUCCCCCUCUGCCCUGUACAACAUCCUCACCAGCCCCCAAACAUGCCACGUGGUGAUACCAGCUAACCCCAGGACUGUGAACUGCUAUCCACAUUACCUGCAGAGAGGAGGAGCCAGGGGUUGUUGCCAGGAAGUACCGUUUCAAAUGUGAACUGCUCCAGAACAAAUAAAUGCUGUGUACAGGAAUA